UUAAAAACAUGGCUCUAAUGUUUACAAUGUCGGCAAGAGUGUUGACGUUGCCUUUUCUGUUGAUAGUGUUAAAAUAUUUUAUGUUUUGCAAAGCAGGAAGAUUGGGAGAAAUAGACAUCGAUGCUUACAGAGAAAAGGUCAGACAGAUGUUCUAUCAUGCUUAUGACGGGUAUUUGAACUAUGCUUACCCAUAUGAUGAACUACAACCUUUAACCUGUAAAGGUCAUGACACUUGGGGCAGCUAUUCUCUAACAUUGAUUGAUGCCAUGGACACAUUAGCUGUGAUGGGAAACUAUACAGAGUUCAGACGAAUAGCACAGAUUUUAAUUGACAAGGGAGAAAGUUUUUUUGACAUUGACAUCAAUGCUUCAGUGUUUGAGACGAAUAUUCGGAUUGUUGGUGGAUUGCUGUCUGGACAUUUGUUAAUGAAAAGAGCUGGAAUGGUUCUAGAGCCAGCCUGGCCAUGUUCUGGGCCUUUACUAAGGAUGGCAGAAAAUGUGGCCAGGAAAAUUUUACCAGCUUUUGACACUCCCACUGGAAUGCCUUACGGUACUGUCAACCUUCGCCAUGGUGUACCCAAAGGGGAAACAACUGUGACCUGCACUGCUGGAGUCGGCACAUUUAUAGUGGAGUUUGGUGCUCUUAGUCGUCUCACUGGGGAUCCUAUAUUUGAGAAGGCUGCUAUACGAGCCAUUAGAGCUCUUUGGAAAUUUAGGUCACCAUUAGGGCUGCUAGGUAAUCACAUUGAUGUCAGCAAUGGCAAAUGGACGGCACUAGAUUCUGGGAUAGGUGGCGGCAUUGACUCUUACUUUGAGUAUUUAAUUAAAGGUGCCAUUAUGUUUAACAUCCCAGAGUUACUUCACAUGUUUAGAGAAUAUGAAGUGCCCAUCAGAAAAUAUCUAAAAAGAGGAGACUGGUAUAUGUGGGCCCAGAUGAACAAAGGAAGUAUAACUCUACCUCUGUUUACUUCCCUUGAUGGUUAUUGGCCUGGCAUUCAGACAUUGGUAGGAGACUUGGAUGAUGCUGUCAAAACUAUUCACAAUUAUCACCAAGUGUGGAGACAGUUUGGUUUCACGCCAGAAUAUUACAACAUUCCCAAAGCUGAAGUCCAUCAAGGCAGAGAAGGGUAUCCUCUAAGACCAGAGGUGAUAGAGAGCAUCAUGUACCUGUACAGAGCCACCAAAGAUCCUUACUUACUGGAGGUAGGAGUGGACAUUGUCGAGACGAUAGAACACAGCGCUCGCACCAGUUGUGGUUAUGCUACAGUGAAGGAUGUGAGAGAUCACCAGCUAGAAGACAGGAUGGAAUCAUUUUUCUUGGCCGAAACCACAAAGUAUCUGUAUCUCCUGUUUGAUCAAGACAACUUUAUCCACAACAAUGGCAGCCAUGGGGAGGUCAUUCACACUCCUAGCGGUAGCUGCGUGAUUGAGGCAGGAGGCUAUGUGUUCAACACCGAGGCUCACCCCAUCGACCUGGCUGCAGUCCACUGCUGCAGUGCUGAGAAAAAAGAGGAAGAUAGGAUCCUUGAAAACUUUCACAACAACCUUGACCUUCUGUCUCUUUUGGAUGUGUUUGAUGAAGCCGAUGAUCUCCCUUCAAAGAAAAAAACACGAAGGAAAAAAUCUCAACUUUCCGAAGAUUCAGUGGUUAUUGAUGGUGACAGAGCGGCCAUUAUUGGAGGCCCCACUUUGGACUCUGAUGCUGUUGUUAGUGAAAAUAUUGACUCAACAAAAUCCGCAAGGGAAGCAAACAUCGAUCAUGAGGAAAAGGUGGAACAUUCAAAGUCCGAGUCCAAACACCAUCUUGAGGUGAUUGACAUGACCAUAUUCACAGAGAAGGAACGUAACCUGACCCACCACUUCAUGAAAGAGCAACAAAUCAAAGAGCUGCUGAAAAGUUUGUCUGGCCUCUUGGCCAACAAAAUGAAGGAGCAGUACAGGGCUACCGAUAUGGAACAUCUUGCCGGUAAUGUGGCCAGAAAAAUUCUUAUAGCCGGGGGUGAACAGGUUGAUGCAGCGCAAAAUUCGACUAACAGUUCUGUCUCCAUGGAUAGUACAAGUGUUACUGAUGGGGAUCAAGUCUAUAUCAUUGAUGAGAAAGACAGAGGUGAUUCGAAGUCAGUUGACAAUAGUGUUAUUGGUGAAAAAGAUGAUAACUCGAAAAGUAAAGUUGAUAACAUAGUUGAGAGUGCAAAGGAAGAUUUGGCUACUGAAGACCAAAAGGACAGCUUGUCAGACAACCAUGAACUAACUGAAAAUAUAGAGUUUGGAAGUGGGAAUGUUGAUUCCAGUGUUGACAGUGCUCAAUCAAAGUCAGAAAUUUCUGAAGCAAAGACUGUAGAAACACAGACGGAUAUUCCUGAGACUAAGGCUGUGGAGUCUCAGUUAGAUAACUCAGCGACAGCUUCAGUUCAAGAGAGCCCAAACCCUGUGCUGUCAGACAAGGUGAUCACGUUGGACAUAACUUCAGAUGGCGACAUGGUCAAUGUGAUGCAGCACAAAAUUAAUUUGGAAGGGGAGAACAAAGUCAUUGUCGUUCAUUUGCAGAAAACUGACAAGGAAGAUUCCUCGGGGAGUACAGAGACAGAAGAGGCAGAAACCAAUCAGGAGGAUGAGAAUGUCAGGCCAGCAGAUGCUACAACAGAGAGGUUCAAAAGUCACAUUGACCUUCAGAUCCAGUCACAGGAGAAACCAGAAGAUUCACAGACACUCCUGUCAGCUAGCCCACCAUCGGAGAGACCUUUGACCUCCUUGGAAACGAAAAGGAACAACCUGCUGACUUUGACUACCAAGUUUCUGAACAUUUUCUCUGGGAGUAAAACUGCUACAGAGAAAUCGGAGGCCGACUUGGAAGGGGACAGAACUCCAAGUUUAGCUGGUCUCUAUGCCUCCCUCAGCAACUACACUAUCAGAUAUUUCCAUGACCCGGCCAUUUUACACUGCCCAGCACAAAGUUUCCACAGAAAGAUCUCUGUGUACGGGGAAGUUUUUCCUGAUGAAUAAGCUUAUGCUGAAACGUGCAGACAAUCAUGUGUUGAUCACCUCCAGCAUUAGUUUUACAGAGCUUCCAUGAAUGUUGCCUACACUGGUCUCAUGUUUCUGUUGGAUUUUAGAGUUGGCAUUAUGUGAAAUUUAAUUCUUGAUGAAAAGUAUUAUGAGCAAUAAUAGACGUUUUUAAAACAAGUUAAAUAUGAAAUAUUUAUUUAACUUUCAUAGUGAAUAAGAAGUGUAGUGUAAUAGUGAAUCAGAAGUACAGUGUAAUAGUGAAUCAGAAGUGUAGGGUAAUAGUGAAUCAGAAGUGUAGUGUAUUAGUGCAGCUUAAAUUCUCCACUUGUGAUUAGAGGCUCACCAUUUAUUCAUCGGCUGCUUUAGUCAUAGAUUAUGGCACAUGUAGAGUGAACAAAAUAAAAACUUGGGCAUUGGCUGUGGUCAAAAGUUGUGGCCCACACGGCAUUUCCUCCCCUCUUCACGCAGCUGUUCGGUCCAAACAGACAACAAUUAGCCCAUAUUGUUUGGCAUUGGCCAGAAUGUUGUACUGAGAGCUACAAACUUCCAAAGGGUCACCAGCUCCUGAUUUUAUUUUUAGAGUUCAGCUUCCUCCUCAAAGCAACGGUGGCUUGGAUUCAGAGUUUCAGGUGGGUAACCUAUUAAUGUUACCAAACCCCUCCUGCAUAUCAACAAAUAGGCCAGUCUGUUCAUCUGUGAUGUCCUAACAAUGGUUUGUUCUUUCCUCGUGGCUCCUUUUCUCUGUAAAACAAUUCCAGCAAAUGUUUGCAUUAAAGCUUUCUUCACUUAAUAGUUUUCAUGAGCUUCUGGUUGGAUUUGUAAAAGUCAAGUUCCCCUUUCAGACCUUGCGAUCUAUAGGGCAGAUGAUGUAAAGGUCAUCUGUUUCUAUGGCUAACUAUCAACAGGAGUGUCAUGUGGCCAGCACCAUUAGAGCUGGGUGGAGUCAGAGGUGCCCAAUUAUCUCGAAAUUAAAAAUCCUAGUCUUCACCAGUAUUUGAACCUUAGACCCCCCAGUUCAGAAGCCAAACGCUUUACCACUCAGCCACAAUGCCUCCUGUUUGCUUUUGUAGACUAACAAAAUCUUCUGUAUUUCCUUUUUUUUUUCUCCUGAUAUCACACCAAAAUAAUCAUGUAUUUACUCUCAAAAGCGUGAAUCCUUCAUUUAAAAUUCAGCUUUUUACAGUUCUAUCAAUUAUAUGGAAACUACUAGUGAAAAUUUCAAUUUUACUUACAGCCUCAAACUUUCCAUAGUUAUCAUCAAAUUCGUUUGAGUGAAAGUCUGAGAGGCUUCCUCUCUAUAUGCUCUGGAUAAAACAAUAUAGUUUUGUAUAGGUCAUUAGCUUUUGGUCGGCAUGGGUCCUAAACUCAAUUUCAAGACUCUCCUUCCCUUGUCAUAUUUGACCCCAGGCACUUCAGCAGUGUAUUUUUUUCUGUGUGCUUUUAAUGCUAAUUUCUGGUACCUGGUAAGGAUUAUCUUCAGUUCAUCUUUUAUCAUCUUCAAACUUCAGGAGUGGGUAAUCAGUCCCACUGUUUGUCUCCCUCAUUUGCUUACAUGAUACCAUCUAGCACCUUGCAUUAGACACCUUAAAACAGGUUUUACAGCCUUUAGUUCACUGCCAUGUUUCAUCAAAUAAAUUGUACACCUAGUUUCCAUCUCUUCAACGUCAGUGAAGUUUGAACCUUUAGUGUUGAAAGUUGAAACAAACGAUGAAUAAACAUGACAUAAACAUAUAACAACAGCACCAGAGUACAGUGUUAUUGAGAGAAAAACUAAAUGGUUGGCUAAAUAAUGAAAAUCGAAUCAUAUUGUAGCCUCCUUUAAGGACUGAACCAUGGACCGUUUAAUCACUUCUAAGUAGAAUGUCCAUUAGUGGGAAGUGUGGUCGAGAAGCCAAGUGUGCUUGAACUUGGCUUGGCUACCUAGAAGGGGGCUCGAGGUUCGACACCCGACUCAGGCAGAGUUGUGUUUAUUGAGCGUCUAAAGGCAGCACAGAAAACCAACUCCUAGAUACCCCCUCCCCCCCCACUGGUCCACAAAUGAGAUUGGACCAAAAGCGCUCUGCGCAUGCUAUAAGCAUGAAAGUAGCGCUAUAUAAAAGCUAUAAUAAUAAUAAUAAUAAUUGUUCAAGUCCUCAUCGGAGCCUAUUUAUCUUUCAUUAUAUCUCUUUGUCUUCUUCCGACAAUAAUCAUUGUACCCUAGUGCUACAGAAACAUGUCAGGAUUAGAGUUUAGAGUUUACUUUGUUUUUUCUCCUCCUUUGUAAGGUUUUAUCUCCCUUCAGGCUUGUAGGUGUCUGGUAAUCCUAAUUACAAUGUAGACCUACUGAUAUUUAAUUCCCUUUGUCCUUAAGUUUUACUCAUGUCAAGUUUAUUUAUUGUACUGUUUUAUUAGUUGAUGUUGCUGUAAAAAUAAAAAAAAAAAAAACUGGUUGAAAAAGGUCCAUACCAUUUACUUGGAUUUAUCUACCUGCAAUGUUUGUUCAUUUAAAAAAAAAAGGAUUGCCAACUUGGGUCUAGAAAAAGAUCAUUUUAGAAAAAUUGGACAUUUUGGCAGCUAUAAAAAGCUCUGUGAAUGACUCAAACAGCAAAUGGAUCAGGCGUGAACUAAAUGUAGAUGUUUAUUUGUUUAACAUUUGCCUUUCUAAAAGCUCUGGACUCUUUUCAUUGGCAAUGUGUAUCUUGUCUUAGCCUUACACAGCUCAUGGUGUAGAAUGGACAAAGCCCUUGAAUUCUUGGUAUAUAAAAAUGUGAAGUAUUUUCUAUUGAUAUCCAUUGUUGCAAUACUUGAUUGUGAUGUUGAUGGUGAUGUUGAUUGUUAUGUUAUUGUGAUGUUGAUUGUUAUGUUAUUGUGAUGUUGAUUGUUAUGUUAUUGUCUGCCAUUCCAUUUAUUGGGAAAGAAUUUUUAUCAUUGUAAAAAAAAUAUCUUGCAAUGCUUUUUGUUUAUUGAAUACUGUGUGUUGCUGUCUUUGAUUUCAGUAUUUACUUCUGAACAAGUUUGUUAGGUUUAGAAAUAUCUAAAAUAACUGUGCGCAACAAAGUGUUCAAUUGUUUUAUUGUAUUUGAUAAGAUGAAAUUUCUAUAAACCUGUUUUCUUGUCAGGAGCCCCAAAUAGAAAACCAAAUAUCAUUAUUCUUGAUAUUGUAAAAGAAUGUUGUUAUUUGUUUCAAUAUGGCUUUAAUUACGUAUAGUGAGUUGUUUACAAGAUACAAUGUAGGAAAGUAUUGGAAUGUCACUCUUCCUGUACAAAGCUGCCUAGCCAUAAACUUUUCUGAUAUUGGUGUCAGUGAAAUGUAGCUUUUUUGUUUUUUUAGUUCUCCUUUCAGACCUUGCAAUCUAUGGGGCAGAUGAUGUAAAGGUCAUUUAUGGCUGUGGAUAACAAGAGUGUCUUGUGGCCAGCAAACAAUCAACCCUUUUUACUUGUCCCCAACUAAUGUCAGGUACCCAUUAGAGCAGGGUCAACUCAGAGACGCCCUAAAGAUCCUGAAACACAGGUACCCAUUAGAGCAGGGUCAACUCAGAGAUGCCCUAAAGAUCCUGAAAGUAAAAAAUACCAGUCUUCACAAGGAUUCGAACUCAGGACCAACAAUAUUCAAAAGUCAAAAUGCUUUACCACACCGCGGGAGUGUCUCCUGAAAUAUAGCUUUCAAGUCUUGUUAAUGUUUAUCAGUAAUUAUUGUCUCUAGCCAUCUGAUUGUAUUGUUAUGUAGAUCAUAGCCAGGACUUUGUACAUUGCACUGCUCCUUGCUCUUCAGACUCGAAGACAAACUUUAUUAUUCUUACACUGUGCUGUCUUUCACUUGACAGUUUCUGGCCAGUAGGACUAAUUCAAAUAUUUAAAGAUCUUUUCUUGCACACAUUAUUAAGGGAUUGUCUUUGAUUAAGGAUGAUUGCAGCUUUUCAUGUUACAACUGGGUAUGUGACCUGCAUAUUUUGCCAUAUCUGAUGCAGACAAAGACAUCUGGAGAGGUCUAGUUCAUUUUCAUUAUUCUUAUGUUUUCUUAAAAGUGUGACCUUUGUGAGAGCUCUCCAGGUGACUCUUUCAGAGGCCAUCUGCAGCCAGCUGCUUUAUUAACUGACUACUAAAUGGUUACAGUUUGCAUUUCAGUCAGCCAUUCUGUGUUGUAUUUCCUUGAGUUCCGUUUGUGUGUCUACUUGAGAAGUUUGUGUAUGGCCAGCUAGUAGUUGGAUGAUCAUGAUGUGUUGCCCUUUUAGAAUUUUUUAGUGUAGCUGCUAUGUGGAGAACAAGUGAUAUGGUGGCUCAUUUAGAGGUUGUUUGUAGUCAACCAAUGAAUAGUUGAGUGUGGUCUUUGAUUUUAUAUCACUGCUCCUGGGGUUUAGUAUGUGGUCAAUCUGUGGAGUCGUUUUGUGUGACUUAAUUCAGGAGAUUGUGAAUGACCAGUCAUUAAGUUAAUUGUGAAUGACCAGUCAGUAAGUUAAUUGUGAAUGAUCAGUCGGUAAGUUAAUUGUGAAUGACCAGUCAGUAAGUUCAUUGUAAAUGACCAGUCAGUAAGUUCAUUGUGAAUGACCAGGCAUUAAAUUAAUGGUGAAUGACCAGUCAGUAAGUUCAUUGUGAAUGACCAGUCAGUAAGUUCAUUGUGAAUGACCAGGCAUUAAAUUAAUGGUGAAUGACCAGUCAGUAAGUUCAUUGUGAAUGACCAGGCAGUAAGUUAAUUGUGAAUGACCAGUCAUUAAGUUAAUUGUGAAUGACCAGUCAUUAAGUUAAUUGUGAAUGACCAGUCAGUAAGAUUAAUUGUUAUCAUUUUUAUUUAUUUAUACAAAUUCUGUCUUUCAUACAAUGUUGUUAUCCCACAAUGCAACACACUUUGUCAAUGUGUUUUUUUUUUUCUUUUAUCGUCUGCUUAUAUUUCACUGAGACUGAACUUGAAUUAUUGUCAAAGGCAGCUGUUAUUCAUGUUCAUUUUUAAAAUAAAUUCAUUUUUAUUUUAACUGA